AGCCCUGUUUCAUUGAUGUCUUCCUUGUUUUGGUACUUUCACUAUAAACUUUCCUAAAACAUCCAUUCCCUACCGAUCAAAACUACUUUUAAUGUUGCUACAUCGUUAAUUUUAUUGUUUUUUAUCAACCCAUCGUUUUACUAAAUUUUUAGCACGAAAUCAUUUGUUGUUACGGCAUAAAAUGUACGAACAACACCAAUACAAUGGCCAACAUGGCGGACACGGAUACAGACCCCCAUAUGUCAAUAGUGGAUUCUCUUGUCGACCCAUUGUUCUGGAUGAUUACAACAGCGAUUUAAACUUUGUGGUGGGAGCUGAUGGGCUGACUGGUAGUUGUUUGCAUCAAGACGGCUUUGAGUACUUAUGGGCAGGCGCACGGGCAACACAUGGCGUGUCUUCAGGAAAGGUUUGUUUUGAAGUAGUUGUGGGAGAAAAGCUUCCAGUAAACAUGCCAGAAACUGAAAGAACUCCUCAUGUUGUCAGAAUUGGUUGGUCUACUGAUUUUUCAAGCCUUCAAGUUGGAGAAGAUGCCAUGUCUUAUGGUUAUGGUGGGACUGGGAAAUGCUCUGUCAACAACAGAUUUUUUGAUUAUGGUCAGCCUUACUCAACUAACGAUGUUAUUGGAUGUUACAUCAAUUUGGAUGCUAAGAGCAUUUUCUUUACUAAAAAUGGUCACUAUCUUGCUGAAGCUUUUCGUCUUGGCCCUGAGACUCAAGACAUUGUGUUUUAUCCUCAUGUUACCAUGAAAAACAUGAAAGUUCACAUGAAUUUUGAACGUCCAUAUUAUCCCCCUAUAGAAGGCUAUUCCAUGAUCCAGCAUGUAUCACCUAACCUCUUGAUACGUGCCACAGGUAGCCCUGACACACGUAAAGAUUGUCAAGUUAUUAUGAUGGUAGGUGUACCAGCUUGUGGCAAGACAUUCUGGGCUAAAGAGUAUGCAAAUGAAAACAAGCAUAAAAAAUUCAACAUUAUUGGAACAAAUGCCAUCAUAGAUAGGAUGAAAGUGAUGGGACUUGCUAGACAGAGAAACUAUCACGGUCGCUGGGAUGCUCUUAUCAAACAGGCUACAGAUAUCCUAAACAAAAUCCUGAAAAUUGCACAAAAUAAAAAUCGAAAUUACAUACUGGAUCAGACGAAUGUGUAUACUGGUGCCCGAAAGAGGAAGAUUGGUUGUUUCCAUGGUUUUCAUUGCAUUGCAGCUGUUGUGAUCAAUAAAGAUGAAGUCCUACAAUACAGAACUAAGAAACAGGAGAAGGAAGAAGGGAAGAUUGUACCUGAAAGUGCUGUUAUGGAAAUGAAAGCCAACUUCACCCUUCCCACUCCUGGUAAUGGUUUUGAUGAAGUUUGGUUUAUUGAAGAGAAUGAGCAGAGUUCAAAAAGAUUGGUAGAACAGUACAACAGGGAAGGCAAAGAAUAUAAAGAACGAGUGCAAGAAAGAAAUGUUCAACCAGCCAACAGUUCUGGUCAUGUUUCAAGUAAUACUAAUGUUGAAAAUCCUCCAGUUGAUCCAAGAGCUCCAAAUCAGGCUGGAUGCAGUUCCCACAAUCCAAGAGUGUAUCAUGGCCAUGACUCACGCCCAUUUGGCUUCAAUACCCCAAGGGAUCCUUUCAAUCCACCACAUGUAAGACCUCCGGCAAGCUUUCCCUUAUCACAUGAGGAUCACAUGAGUGGUACAGCUAGACAUAACCCAGAGAGAGGAGGAUAUAGCAUGGGAGGUAGUCGAUAUUCACCAUAUGAUGCACCACGUAGGCACAUGUAUGAUGCAUACCAAAACCAUCAAUAUUCCAUAAGCAAUCAACAGCAGUACAACAAUAGAGGGUCAUACACUCAGCAGUAUACACAGGAUUAUGGAAGGUCCUAUGCAUACGACAGACAAGAAGUCAGUGUUGAGUAUUAUUCAGUAGAAGAAACCAGACAACCAGGAUGUAACCAAUAUGAGCACCUCACCCCGGGUAUUAUGCGUGAACCAGUAGAGAAUGAAUAUCAUGACUAUUAUCAUGAGAGGCAGCAGUAUGGUGGUCCCAGAGGAAGCCAAGGUUAUCCAACACGCUAUCCAUACAACAGGGGAUCAAGGUACUGAAUAAGGUGUUCAAUACUUAGAAUUAUUGUACUUGAAAAGCCUUUGAAAAAAUAUACGUAUUCCAGGUGAUCUUGGAAAGCAUGCAAUGCAUGAUUUUCUGACUUGAAAAAGAGUCAAUCCCUAACAUGACUGCGCCUAGAGUCCUGCAUGAGUUGGAUUUGAAUAUGUAUUCUCUUGAAAUGUAGUGCGAAAUAUUGGUGAAAAGAAGUCAUAGCUGCACAUUUGAAGUCUAUAGUAAUGUUUUGAGUUAUUUACGAGUAAAAUUUUUAUGAGAAAAGCUUAUUUUAAGUAAGUGUUUAUCCGAUUUCGUAAUUUGUAUAGCCAACAAAGUUAAACCUUACAAAGUUUUUCAUUUCGACAAUGAUUGAAAACUUGAUAUUCUCAAAUUGGUAUUAAGUAGUAACGUGUAUGUACGUAUAUUAAUAUUUUUAAUAACAAUAAACCUUUUUUUGAUUUAAAAAUGUGAUGUAUUUACGUGCUUUACUUGUGUUAUGUCCUUGAUUAUUCCCGAUCCACACAUUUCUUGUUUUUUUUCCUGCUUCUCAAGGCGCAGAAGUUCUAUUGGGAUUGAUUCUUUUUCAGCAAACGCUAAUUUUUCGCCAUCUGAUUGGCUAAUCGAUUUCCGUCAGAUUGCCUGGUUCUUAGAGAUAUGCUUUUCAGCACAUUAGUUAAAUUACUCAAAAUGAUGCAGUUGCAUUUGUACAGUAUGCUGACAAUCUAGAGAGAAAAUAACGAGCUUAAUUAACUAGCAAUGAGCUAAAAAGAUAUAACUAGCUAAAAGCUAGUGUGAGCUGCGUCGGUGUUCCUAAUGAAACAGUAAUGAUGAAAAGGUAAAUUAUACACCGUGAAAAGAUGAAAAAACUUACUGACGUUUCGGAUGCUAGUCCUUCGUCGGAGUAAAAGAGGAAUGAGCUGUUUAUUUAUGUUUACUGUAGAUUUUAUUUACUCAGUAAAAUUGUUAGAUAUCAGGUAUUUCGAUGAAAUUAAUAAAACAGAAAAAUAUACUUUAGCUAGGAAGAACAUGUUAAUGUUAGUAAAAUGGUAAAGUUUGAAGGAAUUAAGUUCAAAACUUACAAAGAUAUGACUUUUAAAAUGCAUCUCUUGCCUUCAACAAAUGUUUGCAUACAGAAUUUUGAUUUUCAAAAAUUCACAUCUUUGCAAGUUUUCAGCUCCCUUAAAAUUUCCCUAAUUUUAACAUGCAAUUUCCAGCUUUGAUAAUUGUUUUUCUGUGAGUUUUGGAGGCCCUUUGAAGUAAAUGAUAAAAGUUUAUUCAAACCAGCUGUGCCAUAGGGUCCCAUCUAUAAAUAGGAAAAGACAGUUACCACAGGUAGCCCUGUGAAGAGUUAAAUGCAUUAUACUAGCUGGUUUAAGAUGUAAGGUGGUCUGAUCCAUUUAUAUGUAUCCAGCUCACGCACAGCAUGAAGGGAAUGACAAUGACUCAAUUCAUGGUUCCGUCUCCCCUUACAGUAGUUACCGUUGCUAUGUCCCAGAAGCUUAACAAAUUAUCUAGAAUAUACUCAGAAUUUAACACUCUGAUGGAAGAAAAUUGAUUAUGAACUGUUUCUAUUUAAUAAUCAUUGUCAUACACCCUUCUCAUAAUGGCUGACAAGUGCACGAAAACGAGGUCACACAUUUAUUAUUUCACAAUAAAAGAUAAAAUUACAUGAGAUGACUUUAAAGAAGAAAAGUAUAAAAAAAUGACCUUUGUUUUGAUCUGAAUUAGUGCUAACAGCCUUUAUUUCGAAUGAGCAGCUUGGCUCAACCUUGCAAGAUGACUGGGUGACCUUGUUUCCAUGCGUUCAUCAGCCAUUAUGAGAAGGGUGUAUAAUCCUUGUCAUUUYGUAGCUAUUUUCUGAGUUAGAACAAUCAAUUAUGUUUUACUCGAGCAGAAACCUUUGUUUUUUUUACAACUUCAACUAACAUGUUCUAUAAAGGAAAUAACAAAGAGGUUAUUGAAACAGGUUCUUUAUGAACAAAAUAUGUUUUUUUAGAUCUAAAUUCAUUUAAUGUGUAUGGAAGACUAGGAAGGGCACAGAGCUUUAAUAAACAUAAAAAGUCUGGUUUUAACUAGACUUUUCAAAAAGCCUUAGAUAGUUAGCCACAGCUUUCUUUUCAGGCUUGCCAUUGUAGAGUUUUUAAAUUUAGUAUUUUUGUAGUUCUUUCUUUAGUUUUUACCAUGACACUCGUCACCUUGGGUGCUUAAACAUUUUGUAAAUAUUAAGAAACUUGUUAAUAAAAACGAUAUAUAGUUUUAGUAUAAUUUUAAACUUGAAUAUAGUUUCUUGUGCUUUGAUUGCUUGACUGCAACCAGUGAUUAUGAGACAAUAUUUACUACUCAAGUGGCGAUUAUGAGAUUUCCCAAAGUUUGCCAAAGUGGAAGUAAUACUAAAAGGUUUUUUAUCCUGAAUUUUGUCUUUUCUCUGAUAUUCAGUUCUAUAAUUAUACUAAAACAUUUAUAACUUCAGGCUCAGUGAAUAUGGGGAAUAUGUACCAUGCUACUCGAAGAGACAUGUCUUGGUAAAAUUCCUGGAUAUUCACUUUACCUCAGCAAUCAUUAAAUAUAUUCACUGAGGAUUAAUUGAAUCCACUAAGCAUGGAUAUUAUGAAAAGUUAUAUGGUUUGAUACAGUUAGUUAAUUUUCUCAAAACGUUUGUGUAUACAUUUCUUGGAUUAGCUGAAAGGGAAGAUUGAUUAACUUGUAAUAAAUUAUUACUACUUAAUCUUUUCUGAGACAGUAGUAAAUAUGAAACAUUCUGGUUUAGCCAUAGUAACUAUGGGUUCAGCCUCUUCUUUCUUCCAGUCUUCCCAGCUCGGCCAGAAGGCACGUUGUUCACUUGGGCUGGGAGGUGGUACUCCAAUUGAAAAAGGCCAGGGAUGUUCCUUGUUCCUUUUAGGAUUCCAAAUCUGUGACUUAAUACCUCUUAGGGUGUAAUUAAAAGGACCAGUAGAGAGUAAGCCGGUGCCUCAGGACGUUUGUAAAGUAAUAAUAAUAUAUACCUUAUGUUAAUAACAGCCAAAAUAGUAGUUGUAAUAUGCUGGGUUAUCAACUGAUGUCUCUAUAAAAUUAUUAGUUGCCAUGUCCAUCUGGACAACACUUGGGUCCCAUUUAUAUUUUUUAGGGGGCAUUAUUUUCAAAAUUUCUAACUAGUGUCCCUGCCCUUGUACAUAUUAGAGUACCUCCCCCACAUCCCUGCUUGCUUAUUAAUAUCAGAAAAGAUUUAAGGCCUCCUUUCAGGCCCUGGUGUAAAAGGGAGCACACAAAAUCUUGUAGUUUCGCAUAUUUGCAUUGCUAUAAGCUACAUAUAUUUCUAAUCUGUAGAAAAUGAUAGAACCUUGUAUUACAGGAAAUAGUAGAAAUAAAGUCAAAAGAAAAAACUCUU